AUGAAAGACCUCGCAUUGUUUCACAACAAGAAUUUGCAAAAUUACGCAGGUUUAGAAAUCAAGGAUCUGUAUGUGAUAUACAAGAAACUGCAGAUGGAGUUGGAGCUUAUUCAGGUGCAAGAAGAUUACAUUAUAGAGGAGCAACGUAAUUUGAAGAAGGAAUUCAUACACGCCCAGGAGGAGGUGAAGCGUAUAAAAGCAGUACCCUUGGUUAUUGGCCAGUUUCUAGAGCCAGUUGAUGCAAACAAUGGCAUCGUAGCUUCUACCACUGGCUCAAACUACUAUGUCCGUGUUCUGUCCACCAUUGACAGAGAGCAACUCAAGCCGUCGGCAUCGGUGGCCCUCCACAAGCAGAGCAACUGUUUGGUGGAUUUGGUGCCGCCAGAGGCAGACAGCACCAUCUCUAUGCUAUCGGCGGAUGAGAAGCCCGAUGUGAGCUACUCGGACAUUGGUGGUCUCGACAUGCAGAAGCAAGAGAUUCGCGAGGCGGUUGAGCUGCCACUCACGCAUGCUCAUCUUUAUAAGCAAAUUGGCAUUGACCCUCCUCGUGGCGUCCUACUUUACGGCCCGCCGGGAUGCGGCAAGACCAUGCUGGCCAAGGCUGUGGCACACCACACAACCGCCAACUUUAUAAGUGUUGUGGGCUCGGAGUUUGUUCAGAAGUACUUGGGCGAGGGGCCGCGUAUGGUGCGCGACCUUUUCCGCCUGGCAAAGCAGAAUUCUCCGUCGGUCAUCUUUAUUGAUGAAAUCGAUGCCAUCGCCACCAAGCGCUUUGACGCACAAACGGGCGCAGAUCGCGAAGUUCAGCGCAUACUGCUAGAGCUUCUCAACCAAAUGGACGGCUUCGAUGAAACAACCAACGUUAAGGUGAUUAUGGCCACUAACCGGGCUGACACUCUAGAUCCGGCUCUGCUCCGUCCGGGGCGCAUGGACCGUAAGAUAGAGUUUCCCUUGCCAGAUCGUCGUCAGAAGCGUUUGGUCUUCACGACCAUAACCUCCAAAAUGAAUCUGGGGGAGGACAUUGACUUGGAGGACAUAAUAGCACGUCCCGACAAGAUAUCCAACGCAGACAUUAAUGCCAUAUGCCAGGAGGCCGGCAUGCAUGCCGUUCGUGAGAAUCGUUAUGUCGUCAAUGCAAAGGAUUUGGAAAAAGGCUACAAAGCAAGCGUGCGCAAGGAUGAGGCCCAGCACGAGUUUUACAAUUAAAAACCAAAUGUAUUAACAAUAAUAAUAAAUUGGCGAAUAGCGCAUUCGUUGAAACUUUUAAA